GAGGAAGUUGGAGGAUUGGACGGUGAAGCCCUGGCCGCCAGGGAUUGUGCCUGUGUGGGUGAGGGGUUCCUUGACCCUCUUGCCCCUCUUUGCGUGCUUGCCUGCGGCGAAGACGAAGAGGGUUUUCCGGUUACGGUUCACUGCGUGGUUGUGGGGGACGUGCAAGGCAAGCUUUUAAUAUGCCUUCCAGCAGCUGCGUGGCGUCGCAAAGUUGCCAAAAGGACGGUGCCGCGUGGAUUCCUCAGCAAAGUCAUAGCAGCAGAAGUUGCAGCAGCUUCGGGGGCCGAGCGUGCGGUCGAGCUGCCUGGGCAAACGGUGCGCGUGUGGUUGGGUUUCUGCGAAGGAGAGGCCGAGCAGUCCAUACAGGUUUCAGACGCCCCUCCUUCGGUCAACUUCGGAGCCCUUCCCAACGGCGAUCUUCUCGUGCCCUUUGCCGAGGCUUUGGCCUUACUGUGGCAGCAUCAGGUGUCUGGAAGUGCUACCACCCCGAUGCAUACAGCAAACGAGGGCACAGAGGCGCCGGGAAGUUUGCCCGAGCGCCUGGCUUCCAUCGAGCGGACCUUAGCCUCGCUCGUGCCCUCUUUGGGUUCGGGCGCCACUGUGCCAGCAGCCCCUCAGCCGGUUACUCGUGCAAAAGCAGGCCCUGCGGUUCCUCAGCUUGGCGCUUCGGCUGCUGCUCGGCCUCAGGAGUUGGGAGAGCCGGUUGCUUACCCCGGCUUGGACCAGAGCGUGGUUGCAGCUGCUCUGGCUUCAGGCGUCGCACCUCACGUGCUUGGCGAGAUGAGUCGCUUGGUGGAGGCUCGCCCGCUGCACCGUCUGAGGGCCGAACCUCAGCAAGGAGCAGCCACUCGGCGACCUACACCUCUGGACGAGUCGGAGGAGGAGGCCGAAGCAUACGAGCCCGUGGGAGCACCGGCCGUGGCCGCUUCCAGCGCACAACCGGCGAAGAAUCUGGAGUCGGCCGAAGCAUUUGCACAGGCGAUGGUUCGGUGCCUCGACUCUUUAAAAUCUGGGUCAGGCAAGCAGACAGCUCUAGACAGAGCUCUCGAUGCCAGCGGCGGUGGCUCCCUGGACGGCUCCCUCAACUCUGGUCGUCGGAACGCAGCAGCUCGCAAGGCACUUCGGGAUUCCCUUGCUUCAGCUCCUCAGGAAAUCAGCAAGAUGAUCGAGUCCUUGAUGGCAGAGGACCUCAAUGCGAGCACGCCCGGCGCUGGAUCGCCCGUGCUUACUUCUACAAGGGCGCUGAACAUAGCCCUCCUUCAAGCAGAUCAGUGCUCAAUCGACCGUGGCAGCUGGCUGCUGGCACAAGAAUUGCUGCGGGAGGAGGCCGAGUUCACAGAUCGCCGCCAGAAGCUGUCGCACCGCACGACCACCACCAACAAGGAGCAGGCUCCGUGCUUGUCGCUGCCAGCCCUGUGGAAUUCGAUGCCGCGAGCCCUUUGUCGCUGCUCCGGCUCUUUUGCUUCGUUUCUUCGCUCUGCCCUCCGUUCGGAGCCCAAUCGUGCUCCCACGCCGUUCACCUGGCCUUGUCCUUUGCCUUUCCCUGAAGCCUCGGAUGCCAACAGACCCGGCCUGUGGAAAAAGCGGUUGAUCAAUCUCACUGUGGCCCGCUUGUCCUAUGAACAUUUGGGUUGCCCUUCUUCCUGCCCUUCGACAAUCCGUCUUGGGGUGCCUCUCAACCGCAAGCAAUGGCAACAGGUCAAGAACCUUGAGCAUUUGGUGUUCGGCAGUUUUUUCCCUUUGACUUUUGAGCCACAGGACUAUGGACGAAUAGGUCAUAAGGUUGAGGGCCAAGCAAAAACUUUGAGUGCUUUGGGCCGUGCUGCCGCUUCUGUUUGCAGGGGCUUCUCAGCCGGGUACUUGCCUCGCUCUGUUUCUGUGGAGGGUGCGCCUUCUGACUUGGGGCCGUCCCCAGUCCAGAUCGUUGGCACUCUGCCUGGAAAACCGGACAUUGCUGCUAUGCCUAUCGUGGCCGACCGCGUGAAGCUUCCAGCGUGCCCGACUUUUGUGGCCUCACCUUAUAUGGACCGCACGACUGCGGACUUCUUUGAAAAUCCGCUGCACCACGCCAGGGUUCCCGACCCUGCUGCCGAACGGCCUCCUUUCGUAAAGAUAUUGGCCGACUCCCGGCAGAAGCUUUUGUUGUUGCAAGCUUUGGCCCGUUCUGGGCGACUCGAGCCUUUGAGCUCCGUGCCUCGUGAGCGUGAGGAUUGGGGCGCGGGCCUCUUCGCAGUUGCCAAGGAUGGUGCCAGGGAUCGCUUGGUGCUAGACGCACGACCAGCCAACGAGCUCGAAAACUUUCCUGGCAGAUGGGUGCACACGCUUGCUAGUGCAGCUUGCCUCGGGUGUUUGAAUUUGCGGCCAGACGAGGUGCUCAUGAUGUGUGGCACCGACCUGCAAGAUUGCUUCUAUCAGUUCAAGGCGACACCAGAAAGACUUGUUCGAAAUCACCUUGCGUGCAAACUGACCCUCAGUGAAGCUGCCUUUGUGUUCGGGCGACCCGCUGACUCCUUCCAGGCUCCUGGCGGCUUCGUUUGGUGCGGGCUCUCAUCCCUGGCUAUGGGCGACAGUUCAGCGUGCGAGUUCGCACAGUGCAGCCACCUGGGCGUUUUGGCUCAGGCCAGAGUUGUGCAUGCAGGUGAGCUCUUGGUGCAAGCAGCCGCUCCUCCAAGGGGCUUACUGUCUGUCGGCCUCGUCAUCGACGAUUUGAUAGUGUUGCAAAGGUGCCUCGCUUCACAGCUCCCGUUCUUUGCAGAGAAUCCAGGUAGGUACAGUGAUAAGAAGACGUUUGAGGACAAAACCCAG